CCCAGCCCGCCGGGCAUGGCGCCCUAGCCUGGCGCAGGAGCGAGCCGCGAGCCAUGGCCAUCAACAGCGAGGCGCACUUCGAGAAGGGGCUGGGGGGCCCGGCCCCGCCCGCGGGCUGCCAGGAGACGGAGCAGCUGCUCUUCUCCAGCGAGAAGGGGCUCCGCGGCUCCAGGUCCUUCUCGGGGACCCUGGCCAGCGACAAGUCCCUGGAGACGGAGCAGAACGGCCACAGCCUGCCCUACAAGACCGGCUCCGCCGGGCACCUGGAGACGGCCCCGCACUCGCCCUCCCGGAUCAGCCUGGGCCGGGCAUCCUCCAUCGCCACCACCAGCGCCCAGGAGCAGGGCCGGCCGCUGGACUAUCUGGUGCUGGCCAUCUUCUCCUGCUUCUGCCCCGUCUGGCCCAUCAACAUCGUGGCCUUGGUCUUUUCCAUCAUGUCAAGGAACAGCGGACAGCAGGGGGACAUGGACGGUGCUCGGAGACUCGGACGCAUGGCCAGGUUGCUCAGCAUAGUCUCCAUUGUCCUGGGAAUCCUCAUCAUUGUGCUCUACUGUGCACUCAAUUUCACAGUUUUUCAGACCAAUUAGCAUGAAAAUACCUUGAAGAGGAGGAAGACGUCUUUCCUUCCCAGGGUUUUAAUUUUACCCUUGCAGCAACAAUGUUACAAUUUAGAAGGGUGGCCUUAGGCCCAUCUCUUCUGGAGCAUCAUGCAAGGGAGUGCAUGCAUUUAUUUCACAGCCUUUUGGAAAAUGAUUUCAUACCAACCAAACCAGCUGGAGAACACAGCAGCUCGACAAGGACUGGGAAAGGGGUUCGAAUCCCAAGCAGAGGUGGAAUGGAGGGAGAUCCACUACCGCACUCCUGAUCAGUAACGAACAUG